UUUUGGAGACGCGUGUGUGUGUUUUGCCCGUGUGAUAAUUUAUUUAUUUUCCCGUUCCGUUUGUUUAUGCACUUUAAUUUAAGUUAAGCUCUUAGCACAGGCGCAGGACCAGCAACGGCUACACCAUGGAGCCACCAGCUGCUGGCAAUCUGCUGGAAAUCAUGGACCUGGCCCGCACCCUUCGCCAGGAGCAGCUCUUCAUCCAGCAGGAACAGUUGGCCUUUUCCCAACUCACUGGGGCCUUGGAAACCAACGCAGGGACCAUAACCAAGUUGGCCUUUGUGUGUGCCCAGCAGCGGCAGAUCCUCAAUGAGCUUCUCCUGGCCCGAACGGAUCACGAUCCGCUGCUCUCCUGCCGCAGAGCAAGUGCCUACGACAGUGCCCAGUUCAUGGACGCCAAGCAGUUGCUGCCCUAUGAGCACGCCUUGGCCUACGAGGAUCUGUUCAACUACCUGUAUAAUACACCCUAUUUGUUGGCCCUUUCCCUGGCCACCGCGGAUCGUUUAUCCCUGCUUUCGGCCAACCAACUCGGCCAGAUUAUCAAUACCAUAGCCACAGGUCUGUAUGGCAAUGCCAUCAACACCAAGGAUGUGGAACUGCUGCUUAAACUGUUGCGGGAACUGAUCGAAAUCCAAUUGCUGACCAGCGAACAGCCCAGGCGUUUGCUGAGGACCAAUAGCAGCUCCUUUGCCCGACUGUAUCAGCGAUUGGUGGAGAGCCUGUUCUCGGCAAGGAUAUUCCUGACCGCCGCCCUGCAUGCCCCGCUGAUGGGUGUGCUAAGUGAGCACGAGAUUUGGCUGGAUCUGGAUCCUCACAAGCUAAUGCAGACCUUUACGACGAAAGAGCGGGAGAAGCGCUUUGGUCGGGAGGGCGAUGAGGAGUACCAGCGGAAUGUGGCCCGAUUCCAUGCAGAAACGCUGGGAAAAUUGCACUCACAUGUCCAGGUGUUUGUGAGAAGUCUUCAGCAGAGUUGGGCGCUAUUUCCCAGUUCCCUAAGAUGGCUGUUCCAAACACUGAGUCAGCAGCUUCGUCAGACGCAGCGCCACGAGGAACAGGAGAUCCGGCAGUUGCUCACCGAUUUGGUAUUCACACAUUUCAUUUCACCAGCGAUUGCCAGUGCUGAUCUCCUGGGCAUCAUCGAUGUAAACGUGAGCGAACGGAUGCGGCACAAUCUCAAUCAGAUUGUGAGGUUGCUCCAACGACUGGCACUUAACGAUGAGGAUAGCGAACUGGUGCAGUUGAUGGACCUGCUGAUGCUGGGACAGACGGGCGAGGAUGUGGUGGCCAUACUGCCGCAACAAAGUGACUUUGAGCGUGCCCAAUUGGCCAUCAAUCAGAGGGAACUGGCGCAGCUUGUGGAGUUCUUUCGGUUGCUAACUGCCAGAGAGGAAUACGAUAUAUCCGUCGAGGAGAGGCAGCGAUUGCAGAGGAUUCUCAGCAGGAUACCGAAGCAACAACAGCAGCAGCCGCCAGUGCCCCAGGAUGUGCCCGAUUCCCGAGAAAGUCCCGAGAAGAGCAAAAAAAGCAACAAGAGUCUGAUGAGCCUGGGCAAGGCCACCAAAAUGAAGCUGGCCAAAGGCAUGAGUUUCAGCAGUGGCAGUAGUAGUAACCACAAUCCUCCCCUUCCAGUGGAGCCUCUUACCAAUGGCCAGGCUAACACGUCGAAUGGCAGCGGAGGAUUAGGAGCAGAUCUCGAGCAGUGUUCCUCGCACAGCGGCAGCAACACCAGCUUGAGUUCCUGCGGAGCCAACAUCCAGACAACGAAUGAUCCUCUGGACAUGUCCGUUUGCUCCGAUCCCGUUCUCGUAUUUAGCAUCUAUAAUGCGGCAGCCAAAAGUAAACUGAAGCCCCUGACGGAGGAGGAGGUCUUGAAGAUGAACUGCAUCGGUCAGGAUGCCAGUAAUCUGCUGCCAGCGGUAGUUACCACAGCUCCCUUGGCUCCGUCUUCGAACAACGAUGAUGUGAGCAGCCUUGAGGCCAUGAGGAGACCGCAGGAUGAUGCCUCGAUAGGGAACUCGGAUAAUCUGGAGGCCAUCAGUGAGGCGGCACAUUCCGUGGCCAGUUCGCUGGACCUGGAGGAGCAGCAGGAGCGAGAUGUCCAUGAAAACGAGGACAACCUAUCCGAUAUGGUUUCAGCGAAUGUUUCGGGCAGGGGAACACCCAACAUCAGUGGCCGGGAUACACCGUCUUCGCAAGUGACCGAUGGCGAUGGCGCUGGCGGGGAUUUGGCCCACCACCAUGGCGUCCAUGCCCGAGUGGCGGCCAAUCCGCAAAUGCAAAAGAUGCUGCUUUCCAAGGCUAGAUCCGACAUCGAGGACAAGUUCUGCAAAUUCGAGCUGAAAAAGUUCGAGGGGGACGAGAAUGUGAGCAUCAUUUCGGACACCUGGUCCACGGAUGUGCUGGCCUCGGACUCGGAGAACACUCUGGACGCCACCGUGAGCGAGCGCGGUGACAGGGACAGGAAUUUCUCCACUCCCCUGAUACCCUCCGCCGUCGUCCUGCCGGGUGAUAACAACUUUGUGGUCGAGGCAUUGGCCAGAGCUGGCCGAGUUCCGGGCGUCCACGGGCCCCAGUUGGACGCCUCGGAUCAGCGAUCGGAGAGCAAUUGGAGCACUGAUGUCCUGGCCAGCGAUUCAGAGAAGUUGGCUGAAAUAGAUACAGACGAUAAUGUUUCCAUUACGGCCAAGUCGGAUACGGCGGCGCCAUUGGCUGCGGUCCUGGACGACGACGAUGAGGAUGAGCAGACGCCGGGCAGCAGUGGCGAUGGCGAACCCGAUCCGGAUCGGGGAAAUGGAAGCGAGCGAAGCCAGGAGGAUUCAGCCUUCUUCGAUGCAGUCAACUCCUAUGAUGAUGCCAAUCUAUACCAUGGAGCUUCUUCACUGGCCAGAAGCUCGGUGCGGACCAGCUACCAUGUGCUGGGCGGCGAGAGUAGCUUCCAGCAGCAGUACAAGUGCAGUGGAGCCGACUCCAGCGGCCGUAAGACCACCCCGCUCAUGGGCACCUCCUGCAUGCGUCGCCAAACUUCCGCGGAGAGCAGCAUUAGUAAUCAAAGCCUGAACCUAGAGGAACCGCCGCCCCCUAUGGGCAAGCACCAUCAUCACCACCGGGAGCACCACCAUCGCGACCAUCAUCAUCACCAUCGAGAGAGGGAGAGGGAGAGGUCGGCCCUCAAGAAGAAGAAACACCAGCAGCAGGAGAAGGAGCAUCGGGAUCUCAUCGAUUUCAGCGACUGCAGCGAGGACAAGGAAGAACUGGCGAGAAAUAGGGAAUCGGAGCAGCCGCCAGGCUUGGUCCAGCAGCUUCUGGAUAUGUUCAACCAGGAUGAACAGGUCGGAGGAGUUGGGAACUCGUCACCCAAUGUAGAGCAUCGACGCAUCUCGAUAGAGCAACGAUCAGCCAUCAUCGAUGGCCGACGCAAUGGCAUCCUGGCGGGCAGUAUGCGGCGCCAUCAGAGCUUGAACUAUGAGAAUCACGAGAUUAUGCUGAACUCCAUGUUGCCCAAAACUGAUGAUGACAAGCAGGAGAUGCUGCUGUGUGUGCAGACCCAGCAGUUGCAGCUGGAGGAGCGAAGAGGCUCAGGUGGAUUGAGGCCAGAGGCGGAGGCAUCUGGCGGCGCGGCAGCAGCAGCAGCUGGAGGAUCGGGCUUGAAGCCACCCACCAAAGCCACUGGAGCCAUACCAAAGAGCAUUAGUUUCGAUGCCAGUGCGGACAAGGAGAAGCAGCCGUAUCAUCGGGACAGGGAGAGGGAUCGAGAAAGGGACAGAGAGCGAGAACGCGAUCGAGAAAGAGAUCGCGAGCGGGAUCGGGAGCGAGAUCGGGAUAGGGAUCGAGAUCGGGAGCGAGAGCACCACGGCGCUGGCAUUUUCAACAAACUGAAGCAGGGAAUCUUCAAGAAUCGCCGGGGAACAAGUGCCAAGGGUCAAAGUAACCCCAAUAAUCAGCCCAAUCCGGUGGCCACCACUUCCAAUGCCCAAACGGAUAGCCGCAGCGUUAGCUUCGAUCCCAGUGCCGGAUGCGAUAAUUUCGGCACCCACUACUGUGAUACGAGCGAGGACAUCUUGGCCAAGUACCGCCGCAAGGUGAGCAGUUCCAGCGAGGCGACCAACUCGGAUUCCACGGGCAAUGGCCAUGGAGGAGUAGGGUCGGCGGGCGCCGGAGGAGCGGCUGCCCAUCUGCACAAGCACAUGAAUGGAGGUCAAAUCCCUGGCGUGGCUUUUGGCAGUGUAAAGCAGAAGCUCCGAACGGUGCUGUCUCGGACGGAUCUGCAUAGCGGCGAUUUCCGGCAGACCUCGGCCACGACCACCACGAUGGCCACACCGCUGCAAAUCUAUCUGCAGAUCCAGCUGGCGCAGUGCAUAAGCCUGCAGAGACUACCCCAAAUCUCGCACGUGGCCGAGGCACUGCGUUGUUUGGCCCAACUGGAGCGCCCACAACAUGGCCAGCUGCUGGCCGAACUGCAACGGGAUCUUGAGCGAAGGCAGAGCUACCUGCAGUACCUGAUGCGACACAGGCAACAGCUCCUGCUCCGGUCGGAGCAACUGGAGCAGCUGGAGGCGCGGUUGCGUGGCGAAGCGCGUAGUAGCCAGAGAUGCUUGUUGCAGGCUCUGGUCAGGAUGUAUCUGACCUGGACACGCCAGCAGGAGAAGCUGGAGCAGUUCCAAACAGAGUUUGGCCAGCUGCGAGCCAGCGAUGAACGUGUCGAGCUCACCGAGGAGUUCGUGGAGUCCCUGCUGCAAGAGCUGCGCUCCAGUGCGGAUCUCCAGGACGAGUGGCAGGUCGAUGCGGCACGCGUGGCCAUCGAAAGGAUGCUGCUGGAGCAGAUGUACGAGCAGGUGAUGUUCCCCAACGAGGAUGCCGAUGUAUCGCGAGACGAGGUACUCUCCGCUCACAUUGGAAAACUCCAGCGGUUCGUGCAUCCCGCCCAUCCGGCAUUGUGCAUCGCCCAGGAGUAUCUGGGCGAGGCUCCAUGGACGUUUGCCCAGCAGCAGCUGUGCCACAUGACCGCCUACAAGACGCCGCGCGAGAAGCUGCAAUGCAUCAUCAACUGCAUUUCGAGCAUCAUGAGCCUGCUGCGAAUGUCCAGUGGUCGUGUGCCCGCUGCGGAUGACCUGCUGCCCGUGCUUAUAUACGUGGUGAUAAUGGCCAAUCCCCCCUAUCUGCUGUCCACCGUGGAGUAUAUCAGCUGUUUUCUGGGCAAGAAGCUCGAGGGCGAGGACGAGUUCUAUUGGACGCUCUUCGGAUCCGUGGUGAAGUUCAUCAAGACCAUGGACUAUCUGGACUAGCGAUAUUUGUUUAGGGCUUAGGUGGCUGUAUAUGUAGAUUUGUUUAGCGCUUUGUUGUACGCAUUACACCUAUCCCACUCUUCUACUCGAUAUUUUCUAUAUUUAUAUGUAUAUCUUUGUCUGAUAUUUGUGUAAAAAUUUGUUAAACCCUAGUCUAAGUCCUAAACUGCGGCAGAUGAGACAUAAUCCAAUCCAUCUGUGUAUAUGACACUACACGUAGAAAGUCAAAGCGAUCCGAAGCAGGAAUCAAUGAGAAAAGCCAAUGCUGAAGAAGAGAUCUAGUUUUAGGUUAACAUUGAACGCUAGGAGGCCUCGCCUUAUGGAUAUCCAUGAUAUAUAGUGAACUAGAGAACAUAUUCUUCUAUUUAUAUAUACACGUACAUAGAUAUAUGCAUGUUUAUCGGAUCGGUCUAGCCACUGUCAUAAGUAUGUUUCGGAAACGAACUGCAACUUAAUAUUCCUUAUUGUGUAACACAAAAUAAAAAACCAAUAUAAUUUCAAA